GGAAACAGCUGUAAAGUUGGGAAUCUCUUUUUAACACGUACAGCUUCUGUUGGCUUUAUACAUUGAGAUUUUGCCAUUAUAACGCAAAAUUCUGUGAUAGGAGUUCAAGUUCUGCGAUAGGAGUUCAAGUUCUGUGAUAGGAGUAAUUGGGUUGAAUCAUUUCUGCAAUUCUUUUCAGUUGCAACUCUUAACAAUAUGGAAGAAUUCAAGAUUGAAGAGUAUGGUCCGCCCACAACCAAAAUUCAUUUUGGAAGCAAUAUGGAAUAUCAUGUAUUUCUGAGUUUCAGGGGAGAAGAUGUUAGAAAGAAUCUGGUUGAUCAUCUCUAUGAAGCUCUCACUGCUGCCGGACUCAAUGUCUUCUUAGAUAGCCACAAACUGAAAAAGGGAGAAAUAAUUGGGUUGAGCUUGGACAGAGCAGUGGAGAGCAGUGCUAUACGCAUUCCUAUAUUUUCAAAAGGAUAUGCAGGCUCUGCAUGGUGUCUCAAGGAGGCAGCCGUCAUGUUGAAAACCGCAGGCUUGAUCAUUCCUCUGUUUUAUGAUGUGCUUCCAACUGAAGUUAGAUAUCCUCAAGGGAACUCCAGUCCCUACAAGCAAGCAUUUAAAAAACAUUAUGCCCAUUCAGAUCAAAUCCAAAGAGAAGAGAUUGAGUGGUGGAAGUAUGCUCUUCAACAGAUCUGUCCAUGUCUAAAACUUUAUGGGCAUUCAGUUCGAUACGCAAGAGAAGAGAUCGACGGAUGGAAGGAUGCCCUGAAAGAGAUCUGUUUGCGCUCAGGGUGGUCCAUGGAUUUGACUGGAGGGGGCGAAGAUGUUAGAAAGAAUCUGGUUGAUCAUCUCUAUCAAGCUCUCACUGUUGCCGGACUGAACGUCUUCUUGGACACCCACAAAUUGAAGAAGGGGGAAAUAAUUGGGUUGAGCUUGGAAAGAGCAGUGGAGAGCAGUGCCAUACGCAUUCCUAUAUUUUCAAAAGGAUAUGCAGACUCUGCAUGGUGUCUCAAGGAGGCGGCCACAAUGGUGAACACCCAGGGCUUGAUCAUUCCUCUCUUUUAUGACGUGGAUCCAACUCACGUUAGAUAUCCUCUAGGCAACUCCAGUCCGUAUAAGCAAGCAUUUCUAAGACAUUAUAGCCAUUCUGAUCAUAUCCAAAGAGAGGAGAUUGAGUGGUGGAAGUAUGCUCUUCAACAGAUCUGUCCAUGUCUACAACUUUAUGGGCAUUCAGUUCGACACCCAAGAGAAGAGAUUGACGGAUGGAAAAAUGCCCUGAAAGAGAUCUGUUCGCACUCAGGGUGGUCCAAGGAUUUAACUGGAGGCUUUGAAGCUCAGCUAGUGAAGAGGGUGGUGAAUAACAUAAUUAAGACUUUGGACAGGGUGCCGUUAGAAGUUGCCAAGCACCCUGUUGGACUGGAAAGCCUAACCGACGAUCUCAUUCACAAAUUUGAACUCAAUUCAAAGGGAGGUGUGGUUAAAUCUGGAUUGUGGGGUAUUGGCGGAAUUGGCAAGACCACAGCUGCUAAGGCUGUGUAUAAUCAAGUGUUUGCUGAUUUUGAUUCUGCCUCUUUUGUCUUUAAUGUUCGCGCCACUUCUGCAGAUGCCAAGGGCCUUGCAAAAUUGCAGAGAAAAAUUAUUAAAGAUGUAACCAAAUGUGGUGAAGAAGUGGAUAGUGUUGAUGAAGGAAAGUCUUUGAUGAGAGAUCGUUUGGGAGGAAAACGCCUGCUUCUCAUUCUAGAUGAUGUGGACAACGAUGCGCAAUUGAAUGCUUUGGUUGGUGAUUGGCUGGCCCCUGGUAGCAGACUUAUUAUUACUUCUAGAGACAGGCACAUUCUCCAUCUUGCGGGGGUUUCAGCUGAAUUCAUCCACGAGAUGAGCGGAUUGCAGAUAAAUGAAGGUCUUAAGUUAUUUAGCUGGCAUGCAUUUUUGAGAGAAUCUCCAAUCCUCACUCACCAUGAUCUCUCCAAAAGAAUAGUGGAAGCUUGUAAGGGGCAUCCUCUUUCACUGGAAGUGAUUGGAUCGUUCUUGUAUGAUAAGCAGAAUGACCCAGAUUGUUGGGCAGAAGCUGUUGACAACAUUACUCUCCAUGCAGACAUUCAGAAAACACUCUACAUCAGUUACAAUGCUCUUAGUGAAGAGGAAAAAGAAAUAUUCCUCGACAUCGCUUGCUUCUUCAUUGGAGAAGAUAAAAGGUAUCCCAUUGUUUUCUGGAAAUCUAUGCACCGGAUGGUACACACAGCUAUAUCUAAUCUUACCCUCAAGUUACUGAUAAAGAUUGACGAUAAUGGUGAGUUUAAUAUGCAUGACCAUUUACGAGAUAUGGGGCGAACCAUUGCUGAAAAAGAAAAAGAGGGUACCCGACUAUGGGAGGGGGCUGAUUUAAGCACCGUAUCCAAUAACAUCAAUUUGUCUCGCCUUCGACUGAAUGGAGGUAAUUGGCAAAGGCUUGAAACAUUAUACAGACCUGGUCUACGAUUUCUUCAUUUGAAGAAUCUGCUCGUUGACACGCUACCCAUGCUUCCUUCAAGUUUAAUAUGGUUAAGGUUGGAAAAAUGUAGCUUUGCAAUACAAGAGACAUUUCAAUUCAGCCUAGUGGGUAACAUUUUGCAACUGAGGAUAAUGCAAAUAAGCGGCGAUAUUUGCAACCUGUCACAGUUGCAGCAUUUAGAUAAGCUCAAUGCUAAGCUCCCUGAUACCAUUGGCAACCUAUCACAGCUGGAGUAUUUAGAGUUGGAAUGGUGCCCAUAUUUAAACAAGCUCCCUGAUACCAUUGGCAACCUAUCACAGCUGCAGCAUUUAGUGUUGAGAAACUGUUAUAAUUUAAAUAGCCUCCUUGAUAUCAUUGGCAACCUAUCACAGCUGCAGUAUUUAGAGUUGACGGGGUGUAUAAAUUUAAAUAAUCUCCCUGACACCAUUGGCAACCUAUCGCAGCUUCAACAUUUAACCUUGAUGCAAUGUGAAAAAUUAAAUAACCUUCCUAAUAACAUUGGCAACCUAUCUCAGCUGCAAUAUUUAGACUUGAGAGGGUGUCGUAAUUUAAAUAUCUUGCCUGGUACCAUUGGCAACCUAUCACAGCUGCAGUAUUUAUACUUGAGAGUCUGUAUAAAUUUAAAAAACCUCCCUGAUACCAUUGGCAGCCUAUCACAGUUACAGCAUUUAGACUUCGGUUGGUGUAUAGAAUUAAAUAACCUUCCUAAUACCAUUGGCAGCCUAUCACAAAUGAAGUAUUUAUGCUUGGAAAAUUGUAUAAAUUUAAAUAACCUCCCGGAUACCAUUGGGAACUUAUCACAGUUGCAGUGUUUAGACUUGGCAGGGUGUAUAAAUGUAAAUAACCUCCCUGAUACCAUUGGCAACCUGUCACAGUUGCAGGAAUUAUACUUGGAAGGCUGGACAAAUUUAAAUAAUCUUUCCCGUAUCAUUGACAACCUACCACAAUUGCAGCAUUGUUACUUGUGAUAGUGUACAAAUUUAAAUAACCUCCCUGAUACGAUUGGCAACCUAUCACAGCUGUGAAUACUGGACCAUGAAUACUAAGGCACACGGUGACUUAUUUUUCUGGCCGUGGAAGGAAGAGAGAUUGAAGUGAGAGGUGCGCUCAAGUUUGGAAGUCUGGAGAUUAAACUUCAAAG